AUGGGCACAACGACCAAGAGCUUCGCCGACGUCGUCCGCGCCAAGAUCUACGUGCUGCUGCUCAUGGCGCUCUCGAUGCUAGCCUCGCUCGUCUGGAGCCGGCGCGGCAGCACGUGCCCGCCGGCGGCGACGACGACGACGUCGACGGACGACGAGAUCGUGGCGCGCAACCAGGCGAACCUCGGCGCCGUGCGCUCGCACCACCGGAUCGCUGCCAUGAUCUUCGCGAGCCCGAGCGUUCGCCGAGCGAUUUUGAGCCGCGUCAUCUUUGUCUUGCAGGACGGUAACACGGGCGAAGCCAUGUUGCUCACGCUGCCGUUCAACCGCAUCCUCCGGCGACGCCUCGAGAUCAUGGCGCGCCGCUGGCUCGACGCGACCGAUGGCACGAUCACACGAUCCGCC